AUGGCAGAUCCCCAGCACAGACAAGAGUUUGUCAGUCCACAGAGGAGCCUUGAGACCUAUUCCUAUGACAGAUACCACCCAUGGGGGAGGGGAAUCUAUCAGUGGAUGCGCCAGGUCAGCGAGAAGUAUGCAGAAGUGCUGACACAGCAUUUCCUGAGAAUGACCUAUGAGACCUGGCCCAUGCACUACCUGAAGGAGAGUGCAGAGAUCAGCUUAACUUCCAGCAAUUCCAAGAAGACUAUUUGGAUAGACUGUGGAAUUCAUGCCAGCAGAUGGAUUGCCCCCGCUUUCUGCCAGUGGUUUCUGAGAGAGGGAAGUGUCUUUACUUGCCUCCUAAUGCUAAAUCAUGCCAUUGAGUACCUGUCCACUCUGGGCUCUUCAGAAACAUACUUCUUUCCCGUUAACUGGAACGGUAUUCAAUUAGCCCCACUUCAAAUUCUACAGAAUGAUAAAGACAGUGCAAGGAUCGGCAGACUCCUUAAGGAACUAGACUAUGUGCUAAAUGCCGAUGGUUAGAUCUACACUUGGACAACAGCAUGGACACUGCCUGUGGGGCAGGGCUAUUUAUGUUUGCAUAUCGGCACACCCAUAAACUGCCAAGAUGUAACAUUCUGUGGGAUAGAACCAAUGUUGGAACCAGAACUCACUCCUUCUCAAGCCUUACAGAAAGCAAGGGGAAAAAAAGACAUCCUGUGCUUCCUGAUCAUGGGCUCUUAUGGGCAACUCAUUCUCACACCAUAUGGCCACACCAAAAAUAAACCACAUAACUACGAAGAACUAAUUCAAGUUGGACAGAAGGCGGCAAGAGCCCUGAAAGCAAAGCAUGGAACCAAUUAUAGAGUUGGAUCGGGUGCAGAUAUUUUAUAUAUGCUGUCAGGAUCCUCAAAAGACUGGAAUGGAGGCAUUGGGAUCCCCCUCUUCUCAUACACAUUUGAGCUGGUGGACAAUGGUACCCAUGGGUUUGCUCUGAUCUAGUGCAUAUAUGAGGAGACAGGGAAACCAUUUUCUUACCCCUUGAUGAUGUGUAUGAGAAUUACUGGCCCAAAGGGGGCACUCACUAUCUCGGCAGCAGCCAUGCUUUACUUCUUCACAUGUCUCCUUUAAGUAUGUCCUACUCUGGCCUGCUUAGCCCCAGUGAUGGGGAUGUGGUUGGGGUGAAGGUGUGUGUUGCACAGCAACCAAA